AUGAUGCUGCGCAUGCGUAUAAGCUUAGAAAGAAUGAAGAUGGCGGACGCAAACACGAAAAGGCGACGAGGACCUAAAAGUUACCUAAGAGAAAGUGUCAGAAAGCGUAAGAAGAAGGAGUCAGAUCAGAACAGAGGUCAGACAAGAAUUUAUAUAAGACAGGAGAUCGAUAGAUGGCGAAAGAUGAAGGAGGAUCUUGGACUGAAUACGGAUUCGGAAUUUGCGAAGCUGCUACUUGACUGUUAUGAACUACACAAGAAAACAUUAGAUGAGCCUACUACUGGACACAUCUGCAAGAAGAGAGACCCUACAAGAGGCUGUUCAGAAAGUGAAGUCACUUUAAGUGGUUCAGAAAUGUCAGGAGUGUUUGUGCAAGUUGCAGAAUCAUGGAAACACAUACCAGUACCUGGACCAUCCACUACUGAUUUGCAGAAACUGAGCUGUAGAAACAACCAAAAGGCUGAUAGUGCUACCAAAGAAGAGAGCAGUUUCAUCAAUCCUUUUGAAGUGACAAGACCUUUGUCCAGAAUUACAGAUUUUAUUGAAAAUUCUCCUCUUAUAGCCUCCAGUAUAAGUAAGCUGAAAAUCAAAAGGAAGUAUGAAUUGCUUGGAAAAUUUCAUAAAGACGUAACUUUGGCACUGGAGGAGGUCACAGUCUUGACUCCCUCUGAGGACCCUCACACAAACGAAAAAGAAGUGAUAGAUAUGGUGGAUAUGAAAAGGAAAAUAGAUAGUUAUGAUCCAUCUUCCAAACAAAUAAAGACACAGCUGCAUAAGAAACAGACCAUUCUUCGCAAUAAGGAAAACAAUUUUCACAACUCCAAGGCUUUAAGUGAAAAAAAAAGGUGA